UUGGCUCUUUCUACCCUCCCUUCCAGCAGAAUCCACCUCCUAGACCUUCUGCACACAGAGCCAUGAAAUUCCUGGUAGCUGUAGCACUCCUGGGUCAGAUCCUGGGAUGCAUAGCUGUGCCUGUACUUCCUAAUCCAUUCAGCCCACAGUUUCCUCCUUGCGAUGGUGACCCUGCGACGGAACACGCAGCAGCCGUAGCAGUAGACCAUAUCAACAAUCACAAUCUUCACGGAUACAAGUAUGUCCUUAACAGAAUUGAGGAUGUCAAGGUGCAUCCACGGAGGCCAGUUGGAAAGGUUAUCUUCCUUGAGCUGGACUUACUAGAGACUGAAUGCCCUGUGAUAAGCCCGGUCCCUGUCGUAAAUUGUUCAGUGAGGCCACAGACACAGCACGCUGUUGAAGGAGACUGUGAUAUCAAACUGAUUGACGUGGAGGGAAUCUUAAAGGUGGUGUCCACCAAAUGCCACUCAUCUCCAGAUUCAGCUGAAGAUAUUUUGAGAAUAUGUCCUGAUUGUCCAGUUUUGUCCCGUCUGAAUGACCCGGGAGUGGUGAAGGCAGCUAAUGCAGCACUCUCCACGUUCAACGCUGAAAAUGCCAAUGGCUCCUUCUACCAACUUAUUGAGGUUUCACGAGGAUAUCACACAUAUCUGCCUGUCGGUGUCCAUGUGGAGUUUGCCAUUGCCGUCACUAACUGCUCAGCUCAAGAAGCUCACGACCAUGCAGAAAACUGCCAUGUGAAGACAGGCAAACAUGCACAUUUUGGAUUCUGUAAGGCAUCCGUUCUCCAGAAGUUUCCUCGUCCUCUCGAUGCUGCAGCCAAUGCCCCUUCUGAAGAUAUCCAUGUGGACUGUACUAUCUAUGAUCACCAGGCUGGAGAUGCCUUCGUCCACUUGACUGAGCAUCAUUUAGGAAAAAAUAUUCCUUCGCCUGGAAUUGGCCACACUGUCCUUAACCUAAUCCAUUCCCACAAUGGCACACAUGCGUCCCAUGAAUCUCACUCUGCUGAAGUUCCAGUGGUUGCAGCAAGCCCUGUGGUCAAGAGAGCAGUCGUGGCUGCUGUGCCACUUCCAGGAAAAUUAAAGAACCAAUUUUGCCCAGGGAAGAUACGCUUCUUUAAAGUGUAGGAUAGACCACGGAUGAGAAACCAUCAGAGCCACACAGUCAAUGAAAUGUCUUUUUAUAUUCUCCUAAGCCUGAGUUUGCAUUCUGGAAGCCAGUUAAAACUUUCCCGCUAUGUUACAGCAAAUAUCCAGAGCCUGUCUCUUACCAGAACGGCUGUGUGUAUUGUGCCCGUUUGCUUUGUACAAGUGCAGAUUCUAGGGCUUGCUACAGAUUCAGCAUCUUCCAGCUCCACUGUCGUCUUUGGUUUAAAAGCAAGUUUUUAGCUCCUAUGGCUGGACGCAAAGUGGAAAACAAAGAGAAAGUGGCUGGUGAAAAUGCAGGAGCAGGAAGAGAGCUGAAAAGGACUUGCAUGAGUCCCUGGGUGGAGAUUCUGUCCAGUGUAUAAUUCAUUGUCUCCCACCCUUCGUAGGCAGCGAAAGUGGAAUCAUUUGAGCAAAUUCAGUAACAAUGCGCUAAUUUGCACGCUGUACUAUUCAGGUAACAAAUGCAUGACACUUUUUAGUGGAGACGCUAGGCUGGUAUGUUUUUGUUGUUGUUGCUGCUGCUGUUGUUUUGAAAGGGAAGAAUAUACACAGCACUGGACAGAAGUGACCAGUAAUAUAUGUCAGGUGUAUUCUCUAGGAAUUAUUUUUCUUUUCCUGAUGUCCAAAACUGUGAUGUCAUACUACAGGGACAAUGCUGGAAAAUCCCUAUUCUGGUAAUGUGAAACCCAAACAAUGGUGCUUCCUAAAUAAAAUGUGGAAUUCAAAA